CGAAGUGUUCUGGUUAAUAAAACAACAACAACUUCCGAUGUUUUUAUUUACAUUUUUUGUUACUUUUUAAUUUUGUUUUUUGUUUUUAUUGGAAGGAAAUGUGGACUUUUUAUCAUGCUUCGACAUUUAUUUUAACAUUCAUUAGCUAUGCAUUUUUUCAUGCAACAAGAAAGACAUUUAGCAAUGUGAAAUCAACAAUUUCUAGUGAAUGGAGUGCAACUCCUGGAAAUGCUACACUGGUGAAUAAACCAGACAAUCUGUGGAAUGAUCAUCACAUGUUUGCAAGUGCUAAAGAUGCAGAAACGUAUUUGGGCAUUCUUGAUGCUGUGUUUAUGGUCUCCUAUGCAGUGGGGCUAUACAUCAGUGGUAUUAUUGGAGAUAGAUUUGAAUUGAGGAAGGUUCUAUCAUUGGGCAUGUGUAGUUCAGCUGUAUCUGUAUUAGUGUUUGGAUCUGUGUUAGAAUGGUCACACUACUACAACAAGUACCUGUAUGUCGCUGUCUGGAUAUGUAAUGGAUUGUUACAGAGUUUAGGUUGGCCGACAGUUGUUGCUAUCAUGGGUAAUUGGUUUGGAAAAUCCAGUCGAGGUCUUGUACUUGGAUUAUGGAGUGCUUGUGCAUCUGUUGGCAAUAUUAUCGGUGCUUUAAUGGUAUCACAGGUUCUACAGUAUGGAUAUGAUUAUGCCUUCCUUGUCACAUCAACUGUCCUUUUUGCUGGUGGAAUCAUUAAUUUCUUUGGUUUGAUCAAUUCACCUACAGAAAUUGGAUUACAGAGUCCAGAUGAAAUACAGGAAAGAGAUUACCAGAUAACAGUGAACCAAGGACAACAAGGACAACAAGGGACAUAUAUAGAAGAUGAUGACGAUGAUGAUAGAGAUCCUUUACUACCAGAGGAUGGUGAUGAUGUAAGAAUUGUGAAGCCUAAGGCACCAGAAAAAGAGGAGGCUCUGAGUUUUUGGAAAGCUUUAUUGUUGCCUGGUGUGCUCAUGUAUGCAUUUGCUUACUUCUGUUUGAAACUGGUUAACUAUUCAUUUUUCUUCUGGCUACCUUAUUAUCUACAUGCAUCAUUUGGCUGGUUAGAAUCUGUGGCAGAUAAAAUUUCAAUUUGGUAUGACAUUGGUGGAAUUGUAGGUGGAACUAUAGCUGGUAUCAUCUCAGAUUGUGUUCAGAAGAGGUCUAUAGUAGUUGUACCGAUGUUGAUUCUGGCCAUACCCUCACUGAUCUGGUACAGCAACUCACCCAAUGAUAUGACUAUGAAUGCGGUUCUGAUGACAGUAACAGGGUUUUUUAUUGGUGGUGUUGCUAACCUCAUUAGUGCAGCUAUUUCAGCAGAUCUCGGUAAACAGGGACCAAUACAGGGAAAUAAGGCAGCCCUAGCAACAGUUACCGGCAUUGUAGAUGGUACUGGUAGUGUAGGGGCUGCACUAGGCCAGAUUUUAGUGCCUCUACUUCAAGAACGUAUAGGCUGGCAUUCUGUAUUUUAUCUUUUUAUUGCUAUGACUAUUUCAACGAUAUUUUGCAUCAUUCCAAUGUUUAUACGCGAGGUUCCAGAAUGCUAUCAUGCUAUAAGGAAUUGUUGUAGAAAAUACACCUAUAGUUGGUAUUGUGGUUGUCAUACACAAGACAGUCAAAGAAGUAGGUCAGUGAAUGGUGACACUAAUGAAUCGAGAGGUAUCCUUGACGACUGAUCCGCUUAACGACUGUUGUGUAUAAUCAUAGAUACAUUUUAUUGAAUUCACUGUAAAAGUUUUUUUUUAUGUUGAAAAUUAUUUUUAUUGGUUUUAUUUGGUUGUAUAUACUGGUAGCUUUUAAAAUUAUAUAUGCAAAGAGGAAUAUUGUAAUUUUAAUGUAAAAUGAUAUUUUAUCAUGUCAUAAAUUAAAAGAUUUUUAUGAAUUAUUAAGUUGAUUUUACUAUAUGUAAAAAUGACAAGUAUCCCUUGUGUUAAAUACUCAUGAACUUUAUGCAGUGUGUGUCUUAUUGAAAAAAAAAAAUUUUGUUUUAUUUGGUCAGGUAUACUUUUAACUUAAAGUGUAUUCAAACAAUGUAAAUUUUAAUUUUUUUUUAUCUUUAAAGAACAGUUUUUUUGUUGAACCCCAAGGUUGAUUUUACUAUAUAAUAUAUUAUGUACUACAACUACCAGACACUGUGACAAAUUUUAUCCACUUUUGUUUUAUACUUUUACUGAGUUAUUUUAUUUGUUUUAUAUGGUUGUUUAUAGCUUUUAAUGUAUAGCUGCUUUAUUUUUUUUUGUGAAUUUAUAUAAAGAAAAUUCAUAUAGAUUUUUUUUAUUAAAGCCAAUAAGAUGUUAAUAAAUUUUUUAAAGAGCACCAGUUCUUGAUCCAAUAAGUUGUUUUUACCAAACUUGUAAUACAGUAAUAUUUCAUAAGUAGAUUUUAUUGCAAUGUUAACAGUCAAUAAUAAGCAAUCUUACAUAAAACAUUUUAUUUUGUUGAACAGUAUCCAUGUGUUUUCAUGUAUAGAGGAUAUUGAAUGAGUGUAAGUUUUAUACUGAAUUUAUUGAACGAGUUGAAUAAAAUUAUAUUAUGCGAGCCUCUGGUGAGCAUGGUGUUAUUUUAUCAUACAAGUUCAAUAAAUUCCGUCAUGGGCUUACGAGAAUUUAAUUUUCUAUUUAUUACAUGCCAAAAAUAUAGACCGUUUGAAGUAAAACAGAACUAUUUUUCAUUGACGUGCUUAUAGUGUAAUGCUAAUAUUUAGGGCAUCUUAACACUAUGUUUAUAUAAGACAGAUGAUGUUAUGUCAAAAUAUAUGCACGGCCAUGCAAUACCAUUUUUAUGGAGUCGCAAAAACGGCACAUGUAUGUGAUAAACCGUGAUAUGUAAUAUAUGAGGGUGCAAUAUGCAACAUGUUUGAUAUAUAUUGUAUAACAUAUUUGAUAUAAAUCUGCAAAGUUACACAUGUAGGUAAUGUAAUGUUGACUCUAAUUUAAAUUACAGUUUAGCAAUAUAACUUUCAUUUCUUUAGUUUGCUUUAGCAAUAUUACUUUCAUUCUUUAGUUAGCUUGCUAAGCUCAAUAGGGAGAGCAUGGGAUUUGUAAUCUGGGGGUCGCUGGUCCGAUCCUCGUGUAUGAGGUUACAUUUGAGCCGCGUCACGACAAAACCAACAUUGUGUGUUUGCGACCAGCAUGGAUCCAGAACAGCCUGCGCAUCCGCGCAGUCUGAUCAGGAUCCAUGCUGUUCGCUUACCAACUCUAUUACAAGUAGAGAAAUUGAUAGCGAACAGCAUGGAUCCUGAUCAGACUGCUCGGAUGUGCAGGCUGGUCUGGAUCCAUGCUGGUCGCAAACCCAUUAUGUUGGUUUUGUCAUGACGCGGCUCAAAUUUUGUUAUGACAAUUUAUCCAGAACAUUGAAUCUUAUUGUCAUUUGGCUCUCUUCAUUGAUUCAGAAAUAAUGUGGGAGUAGUAGUCAGUCACUUGUAGUAAAAUUGGUAUUUACUGGUUUGUUAUUUAGGAAAGUCUGUUAGGUGGACAGACCACAAGGAUAUGUAAAAAAUACAUUUAAAACAGUGUAAAAAAAAACAGACAUACAAACAUUCAUUUCUUUCCGAUAAACAUUCUUUAUCUAUUCUAUGAUAAACAUUCAUUUCUUUCCAAUAAAUUAUUAAAUAUUUUGCUAUUUUCUUUAUUAUUUAGAACUAAUGAAUACAUUGUAUUUUUCCAAUAUGUAUGUUUUAGUGACAGAUUUUUUUAAUGAGAUCAUUUUUUUAAAAUAUUUUUUGUUUGUUUAAUUUUAAAUGAGUUUGAUGAGGAUCUGUUUAAAGAUGAUAUUGUAUGUUGUGUUUUUUAUAAAGUUGAAUAAUUAUGAUUAAAAUAUUAUAUAUGUAAGUACACAAUCUUUUGUUGUU